UUUCUAUUCUCUUUUUUUUCCACAACUUCCUUUUCAUGUUCUUGGCACUGAAGAAAAUGGGCAAAAAAUAAGAAAAGCUGAAAAACCCACAAGGAACAAGCUUUCAACUAUUAACUCUAUAAGAGAGAGAGAGAGAGAGAGAGAGAGAGAGAGAAAUGGGGUUUUCUCAAAAUACAGUAGAGAGAGAAGGCAUGCUUGUCGGCCAUUAGAGCUUCUCAAGCCAAAUCAAAACUUGCUUAUCCUUAUUGGAAUAUACACUAAUCGAUUCUCAUCACUAUCUCCCCUCUCACUUUUUCUUCCCUUUUUCUAGUUUCUCUUUUUCAAUUCUUGGGAUCGUGGAGCUGAAAAGUUACUGGAUUUAAAGUCCCUUUUACUUCACCUUUUGUGUUUCUGAUUCUGCUUGAUUCCCAGAUCAACUAUGAUCCUCUUUUGAUUCCAGAACAGUGUAUGGGAUUUCUUUAUCUCUGGGUCUUAUUUCAAAUCACUGAAUCCAUUUAAGGAAUCGAAAGAGAAAGCUGAGCGAUAUUCUAUUGGGUCCCAAAAUUGAAGAACUUUAAUUGCUCAGUUUUGGCUCCUCCUUGGUUGCUUCGUCUAUGGAUUCACAUUGGUGUUGUUGAGUUUUGUAAAUUGUACCUCUUUGUCAAGAAUGAAGUUGAGAGGAUCAAUGGGUGGGACCUCUGAGUUUAAGACAGAACCAAGAUCAAUGCUUGGUGGGGUUUUGUUUCUCUUGACACUUCUGGUUUGGACAACAGAAAGUUUGAACAGCGAUGGUCUGGUCCUCCUGGAGUUGAAGAACAGAGGAUUUCAAGAUUCGUUGAACCGUUUGCACAACUGGAACGACAAUGACGAGACGCCGUGUAAUUGGAUAGGUGUGCAUUGCAGCUCAAAUGGCAAUAACACUAAUAAUCUGGUGGUGACAUCUCUUAAUCUGAGCUCCAUGAAUCUCACUGGUACAUUAAGCCCGACCAUUGGCGGCUUACUUAACUUGGUCUAUCUUAACCUCACGUAUAACGGGUUAACCGGAGAUAUUCCUCCGGAGAUUGGAAACUGCUCGAAGCUGGAGGUUAUGCUGUUGAACAACAACCAGUUCGGUGGUUCUAUCCCGGUCGAGAUCAGGAAGCUGACGCAUUUGAGAAGCUUAAACAUUUGCAAUAACAAGCUCUCGGGUCCUUUGCCUGAAGAGAUUGGUGACUUAUACAAUUUGGAAGAGCUUGUGGCUUAUACUAACAACUUGACCGGUCCAUUGCCUCGUUCUAUAGGAAACCUCACCAAGUUGACGUCGUUUCGUGCGGGGCAAAACGAGUUCUCUGGGAGCAUCCCUACUGAAAUCGGUAGGUGCCUGAACUUGAAGUUGCUCGGUCUUGCGCAGAAUCUCAUCUCUGGAGAGCUUCCUAAGGAGAUUGGGAUGCUUGUUAAACUUCAGGAGGUGAUCCUGUGGCAGAACAAGCUCUCCGGGUCGAUUCCGAAAGAGAUUGGGAACCUAACAAGGCUUGAGACUCUGGCUUUGUAUGAUAACUCCUUCGUUGGACCGAUACCAUCAGAGAUUGGUAACAUGAAGUCUUUAAAGAAGCUUUAUCUGUACCAGAACCAGUUGAAUGGGACAAUCCCAAGGGAGCUUGGGAAUCUCUCCAGAGCAAUGGAAAUCGAUUUCUCGGAGAAUCUGUUGACUGGUGAGAUUCCAGUGGAGCUGAGCAAGAUCAGUGAGCUGAAGCUAUUGUAUCUGUUUCAGAACAAGUUAACCGGAAUCAUACCAAACGAGCUCAGCAGGUUGAAGAAUCUGGUGAAACUCGAUCUCUCCAUCAAUUCCUUAACCGGUCCUAUCCCAUCUGGUUUUCAGAAUCUUACUUCAAUGCGUCAGCUUCAGCUCUUCCAUAAUUCACUCAGCGGUGUAAUCCCUCAGGGUCUUGGUUUGCACAGUCCUUUAUGGGUGGUUGAUUUCUCAGAGAACCAGCUUUCAGGCAAAAUACCGCCUUCCAUCUGUCAACAAUCCAAUCUCAUCCUGUUGAAUCUCGGGUCUAACCGGAUAUUCGGAAACAUCCCACCAGGUGUAUUGAGCUGCAAAUCGCUGCUACAGCUUCGGGUGGUUGGAAACCGGCUCACGGGUCAGUUCCCGACCGAGUUAUGCAAGCUUGUAAACCUCUCAGCUAUAGAGCUGGACCAAAACCGUUUUACCGGACCGUUACCUCCUGAGAUAGGCACUUGCCAGAAGCUGCAAAGGCUCCAUCUUGCAGCUAACCGGUUCUCCUCAAACUUACCUAAAGAAAUCAGUAAUCUCUCCAACCUAGUAACUUUCAACAUUUCAUCAAACUCUCUCACAGGGCCUAUCCCUUCUGAGAUAGCCAAAUGUAAGAUGCUUCAACGGCUUGACCUGAGCCGGAACAGUUUCGUCGGCUCUUUACCUUGCGAGCUCGGAAGCCUUCAUCAGCUCGAGAUCCUCAGGCUCUCAGACAAUAGAUUCUCCGGUAACAUACCGUUCACCAUCGGGAACCUUACUCAUCUCACCGAGCUACAGAUGGGAGGAAACUUGUUCUCAGGAAGUAUACCGCCUCAGCUCGGUUUACUCUCGAGUCUCCAAAUCGCAAUGAACCUGAGCUACAACGAAUUCAGCGGCCAAAUACCAUCGGAGCUCGGGAAUCUCAAUCUGUUGAUGUACCUUUCUCUCAACAACAACCAUUUAUCCGGCGAGAUCCCUGCCACAUUCGAGAACUUAUCGAGUUUACUCGGCUGCAACUUCUCCUACAACAACCUCACGGGACAUCUACCGCAGACGCAGCUCUUUCAAAACAUGACUCUGACCAGUUUCCUCGGAAACAGAGGACUCUGCGGCGGACAUUUGAGAAGCUGCGACUCUAACCUCUCUUCUUGGACUGACCUUUCGUCUCUAAAGUCAGGCUCUGCUCGCCGUGGGAGAAUCAUCAUCAUCGUGUCUUCAGUCAUCGGCGGUAUCUCUCUUUUCCUCAUAGCGAUCCUCGUUCAUUUCCUGAGAAACCCCGUGGAGACGAAGGCUCCUUACGUGAACGAUAAGGAACCCUUCUUCCAAGAAUCCGACAUCUACUUCGUCCCGAAAGAACGAUUCACCGUCAAAGACAUUCUUGAAGCGACGAAAGGCUUCCACGAGAGCUACAUCGUCGGUAAAGGCGCCUGCGGGACGGUCUACAAAGCGGUUAUGCCGUCGGGUAAAACCAUAGCGGUUAAGAAGCUCGAGUCCAACAGAGAAGGCGCCGGCGGAAACAACAACACCGACAACAGUUUCCGAGCAGAGAUUCUAACUCUAGGCAAGAUCCGUCACAGGAACAUCGUCAGGCUCUACAGUUUCUGCUACCACCAAGGCUCGAACUCGAACCUCCUGCUCUACGAGUACAUGUCGAGGGGAAGCCUCGGCGAGCUGCUGCACGGCGGGAAAUCGCAUAGCCUUGAUUGGCCGACUCGGUUCGCGAUCGCGCUCGGUGCGGCGGAAGGUCUUGCUUACCUGCACCAUGACUGUAAACCGAGGAUCAUUCACCGCGACAUCAAAUCGAAUAACAUUCUCCUCGAUGAGAAUUUCGAAGCUCAUGUUGGAGAUUUCGGGUUGGCUAAAGUUAUCGACAUGCCACAGUCGAAAUCCGUCUCAGCCGUAGCUGGAUCCUACGGUUACAUCGCUCCCGAGUAUGCGUACACGAUGAAGGUAACAGAGAAAUGCGACAUCUACAGCUUCGGAGUUGUUCUUCUCGAAUUGUUAACCGGAAAGGCUCCGGUUCAGCCGUUGGACCAGGGCGGAGAUCUUGCCACGUGGACUAGAAACCAUAUCAGAGAUCAUUCGUUGACAUCCGAAAUCCUCGAUCCAUAUCUAACGAAGGUAGAAGACGAUGUGAUCCUCGCUCACAUGAUCACAGUGACGAAAAUCGCGGUUCUAUGUACGAAAUCUUCGCCGUCGGAUCGGCCGACGAUGAGGGAAGUAGUGUUGAUGUUGAUAGAGUCCGGAGAACGCGCCGGAAAAGUAAUUGUGUCCACCACUUGCGGCGAUUUACCUCCACCGGCGCCGUCGUGAAGGAAAGGUCUUUUAGCAUACUUGUUUUUUUUGCAAUAUUGGUUUCUGUAUAGAUUAAUAUGAUUUGUAUAGUCAUCAUAGAAGAAAGAUCAUCUGAGGAAAAAGGAAUACAUAUAAAUCAUUCAUCAUAAACUGUUGAUUCGAAUAAAAUUAGAAACUUUUGUUCUUUAAAAAUUGAAAACACACAAAAA